GAAGGGGAACGUAAUGAUUGUGUGAGUGAAGGAAGAGUGUUGUUGUUGGAGUAGUGUGGUCUGUGGUUUUGUUAAAAUCGGUAGCAAUGUGGUAUUUUGUUUACAGUGAAGUGAAGUAGAAUAUAAUUAAUGGUUUUAUUCUGUGGUAAAUAAUUUGGUUUUGUGAAAUUGUCUGAGUGUUUAUGAAUCUUGUUUCUGUAUCAAAACCUAAUAAACUUUGUUUAUAGUCCAUGUUCUUUUCACGGUCAUUUGGUACUGAUCAGAAAACUGGUGGAAAUUUGGUGUUCACUAAACCGUCAUAGCUUUAUUAUUUUCAUUUUAUCCAUAGGAUUCCUAAGUGAUACGCUAAUUAGAAAUAAUUUUACUAAAAACUCGUGCUCUUGCUAGUCUUAACUGUGUUCAAUUAGAUAUCGAGUUCAAGUUCAUUAUUGAUUUUUCAUUAGUAAUGUGACAGGAUUAAUAUUGUGUACUCUUAGUAACUUUUUGUUGGUAUAUUAUAAUAAAAGGAUCAGGUUAACUUUAUCUGUAGGCCUAUGUUCAAAAAUCAAUAAUGGAGGGCAAUGCUGAGAGAGAAUGCAGUGCUCUUGGAGGACUGUUUCAACAAAUCAUACAAGACAUGAAGAAUGGGACGCCGCUGUGGGAGGACUUGGUGGUCAAAGCCACCAAACUGCACACCUGCCUUAGGGCGACGAUCGCGGCGAUAUCUGCAUAUCUGGACGCGUUCCAAAAGAUAGCAGAUGCGGCGACAAACACCAGAGGCGCCACAAAGGAAAUAGGCACAGCCCUGACCAGGAUUUGCCUAAGACACAAGGCCGUGGAGGCAAGGAUGAAGACUUUUUCAAGUGCAAUAAUGGACUGCCUGGUGGUGCCUCUCCAAGAGAAAAUAGAAGACUGGAAGAAAGCUGUGAUCAAUUUAGAUAAAGACCAUGCCAAAGAUUACAAGCGGGCACGCACAGAAUUAAAGAAGCGCUCAACAGACACGCUGCGACUGCAGAAAAAAGCACGCAAAGGUGGGAAGGGCGGGGAGCUCCAGCGCAAGGUGGAGAGUUGCCUGCAGGAUGUGACAGAGCGCCGGUACAUUCUGGAAGAGACAGAGAAGCGAGCAGUGCGUGCUGCUCUCAUUGAGGAGCGCAGUCGAUUCUGCGUCUUUGUUGCUUUCCUCAAGCCAGUUGUUGAUGAGGAAGUUGCGAUGUUGUCAGAACUAUCCCACCUGCAGGAGGUGGUGGACCAGUUGGAGAAACACACAGCAGACCCUUACACCCUCCCUCCCGCCAGUGAACAGGUGAUAGCGGAUUUGAAAAGCACAGACAACAACUGGACAUUCACGACGCCACCCAGCAGUCCCAGUUCACUCGGUUCACGCAAGUCGUCCAUGUGCAGUAUCAGUUCACUCAACAGCUCAUCGAGCGGCAGCAGUAAGAGUCACCACUCUCCGAACCACCACUACUGGCACCGUUCCCUCUCACAGCGUCCCACCCCACCUGGCACAUUGAGGCUCAGCUCGGUAUCUUCCCAGGACUCGGGCUUCACUUCCCAGGAUGUCCUCUACCCCAGACCUCAGGUGUCAAACAUGUGUGAACACAGUGGAGGCAGCAAUGCUAGCACCCCCGUGGGGACCAACAAUGGAGCUCUGCCCAACCCCACAGCCACCUGGCCCAACCUCCAGGAGACCCUACAGUUCGAGCGUGCAGCUACAGCUAUCAUGAAUGAGAGGCCCCACACCAUCUCCACAGCGUACGAGAGGGGACACCAGCGGCCUGCUCUGACAGUCUAUACCUUCCAUGCACCAGAGGGGUGCCAGUCGCAACCCAGCAGCCCCACUCCCCAGCCAACUCCCCACUCAAACCCUCGCCCGCCUAUUCCCCAGCGCUGCUCGUCUCUGGAACGCCCCUCCGUCCCCGCCAAGUCUGGACUGGCCUUGUACUCUGAACCUGCUGAACAGAACCCGGAUACUAAUUCAAUGCAGCCAAUGUAUGUGAACAUGCACGAGUUGGCAAGCAUGGCAGCUUCCAAAGCUCAAGAAAUGGCAUUUCCCCCUCCACCACCAGAACUGACAACAUCAACGGAACCUCAUCCUGAAAAGACUGAAGGCCAGGAGAAGGAUGGCAGCACCAGUGAGAGCUCACUGGAGUCCAGCAGUGGCUAUGGCAGCCAGACCAUGCCUGGAACUGUGGAUGAUAACACAGCACACACAGAAGACCUGAGUAGUGAUUUGGCCGCUAACAAGUAUUGCACGCUCCCCCGGACUAACCCUGAUCUCCGCAGACGCCCUUUCUCCACUGCAGGCUACCCAAGUGGCACUAUGCGUAACACACUGCUCCGCCGAGGAUCUAUGCAGCAGCAGAAACCUCCACCACCGAUACGAAGGACAUCUUCUAUAUCUCGUGGCGUUUCUUCGGUGUUACCAGGGAAUAACAAUGGAGGGGGGAGCUUAGAGCAUCUCCCACCUCCUCCACCAUUCUUGUUGGAGGGGGGAGCCACACGCAACGUUAACACCAACAAUGUGGCCGACAUACAGCGCAACAUAGCAGCAGAGAUACAAAAGAGAAAUGCCAUCGGGAAUGUAUCUGAAUAUCAGCGAACGGCAGCUUUGGGCAUUGCAGCAGAACUGCAGCGGAAAGUGGCACAGUUGGGGAAGACGACAGAGCCGAUAUAUGCGGAGAGGAAGGUGAUCGUAAAGGAGUCUGGAAGUGGAAUCAGUGUGGCCGAAACUGUCCGAACACUGACGGAAUUGAAACAUCAGCCGGCCAGCCCGGUGUCGGUGAGGCGUACUCACAGCGUGCGCUCACAGAGCUGUGAUCGGCGCGUGGAGACUGGACUUAUUGCGACUUUGAGUGCCAAGCUGGCCCCCACACUCUCUCCACGUCACUCACGUCGCCACUCACAAGAGACGGGAUAUAUCAGUGCAGCCAACCGCGCAAACCGUGUGCGCCAAUGGAUCGCCGUGCGCACUGUCCCCGAUCCCACAAUCUGCCAUGACUCUCUCAUGGACCAGAUAAAGCGUGGGACUUCCCUCAAGAAAACACGAGCCGUCAAUGAUCGCUCGGCUCCUAGGAUACAUUAACUGUGAUGGUAUCUGUCUAUUGAUGUGUUCUAUGUCACAGUGUCUUGUUUACAACUUUCCCUAUGUUGUGUUUCCACAGAAUAUACUAAACCUCAAGCCAAAAUCUCUGAACCAAGUCUUGAUGGUGUGAUAAUGAGGAUAUUGAUUUUUUUACCAGCAAUAAUUAACAAUAUGCUUCCUUUAAAAAAAUCUAAAUGAAAUAGAAAAAAUAUUAAUGAAAUAUAUGAGAUUUUUUCAAAAAUAACCUCAUUUGACAAUCAUUAGGAAAAUCAGAGUAUCGUUUUGGAAAGGAACUUCUUUAAGUCUACACUAUAUAGAUAUUCACUUUAAAAUGUAAACAAUGUUGAGUUUAAAUUGCAAUCAUUAUUAAGGAACAACAAAAGAGAGGGCAGAAAACCAUCAAGAUUUGUAUGAUGGAAACAAAUUUCUGCUGCAUUUGAUUUCAAGCAGCUCCUUGAUCUUGUUGAAAUCAUUAUACAAAUCUCUGUAGUACAUCUGUCCAUAUUUAUAAUGUGCAUUCUGCUAAAAAAUAGUAAGUGGACAUGAUAACAUCCUAAAUGUCAUUGAUGUUGAAGUGUUCUCUUACAGUGUACAAUCUAAUUGUUCUGUAACCCACAACCGUGCACUGAGGGACUUUUUCUCUCUGCAAAUCUUUGUUGUGUUUAUCCAAUCUCUGUUUGGUGCAAAAUAUGUAACAUACUUUGUUUUCUAUUCAUUGAGGCCAGUUUUACACAAGUUUGGGUGAAGUAUGUCUGGAACAAUUACCAAUUAAUUUUUGUAUGUUAACUGUAUCCAAUUAAUUCCUUUAAAAUUUGUAUUCUAAUUCAAUAUUGAUGUAAAAUUUCUCUAAAUUACUCAGAUAUUAUUAUUCAAUUCUUUAAAAAAAGGAGGUUUGUUUCUUUUUGUUACUAAUUUAAUGUUACAAAUAUCACAAGUUUCUACAAGUAUUUGUAUUUAUUUACUAGCCAGCUGUUAGAAUUAAAAUUUUCUACAGGGUGGUCACCAAUAUCAUUCUGUUCUCUGCUCAAAGUAACUAACUAACUUAUUGCUUAGGACAAGCUUAGAACAAGGAUUGAUUUGAAAAGGGCAGUUUAUAUCAGAGUGCAAUGCUAUCCAUCUGCUUUAUUUGAAGUAAACAGAGGCAUUUUUUUUUACAUAGCAGUGUUUAACUUCAUGCAUGAAGUGAUUCUUUAGGUCGGUGCGAAAUUAAAAUACAAACAUAAAUUAGCUUUUUAUGCUAAAUCAGAUCUGUAAUGUAAUAAUGAGUGCAAUUAUUCAUGCUGUACAACAUGUUUAUAUAAUUGCAUACAUUGUUAAAGCAUUGAUACGUAAAUAGUGACGUAACAUUGUUUUGAGUUAAUUAUUAGUAUCUAUUUAGAUCUAGUUCACUCCAGUGCAAUCUGAAAUAAAACAACAGAAUUUUGUGUAAGUGUAGAAUAGAGUAGCUACAUUCAAAAAUUUGAUUAAAAAAAAUAUUAAAAUGUAUAAAAAUACAAGAAAAGAUUGGUUUACUUAGAUUUAGGUGUAAGAUGAAUAUUUCUUUAAUUUCAUAUGCCUGAUGAGGCAUAAUUUGGGAGUAAAUUAAAAUUGGGCAAAUGAACAGAUGUUAUUUACAUUUUUAUUCACGUUUGACAAUAGCGGAAAGAACAAUAUCAAUAAAUGAACACAUAACCCGUGCAAUACACAUAGAAUUCUACUGGUAUAUCAUCUUAUAUAUAAAAUAUAAAUCCAUAAGGUUCAAUCCACAACAAUUCUGAUUUUUUCAAUUAAACUAGAAAACUUAGUGUGGAUUAGUUAAAACAGAAUGUAAUAAUAGUUUAUAUUUAUAACCUGAACUUGAGUAGAAUUUACUAUAUCUAGUGUUUUAAAAAUAAGGUGACAUAACUGGAAUUAAAAAGCUCAUCUUUAUAAUAACUUUCUAUUGGAACAAAAAUGAUAACAUAUUGUUGGCUAGGAAAUGAAUGCAAAUAUCUUAAAUAGUAUAUUACCUCAUGUAUAAUUAUUAUACAAGACUUCUUAAUGUAGCUGAAAUUCUUCUUUGUUCCACCUCAAAACAAUCUGAACCUAUUCAUUUAUUAUAGUAUUAUACCACUUCUAAGUAAAAUCAAAUUAUCAUAGUUUUAUUUCUUUAAUACAUAUUCCUUUUUGAAGAUUAGGUUUUUUAUGGGUAUUUGUAAUAAUGUUUAAAUAUGUGUUUUGUUGUUUAUGGAAGGGAUUGUACCAUUACAGUGAGCAUUAUACAGCAUUAACUGGCAACUAUCAGAAGCAGCUAUUACAUUUGUUUUCGUUUCAACUGGCAUCUGUUAUCUAGCAUUGAUUGCAGUUCAAUGCAGCUGUACUUUAAAAAAGCACAAUUUUAAGCACAGUUGGAAUUUUUCUAUGCUAAACGUUUUGGAAUACGCCAUGUAAGAAGGUAAAAAGAAUCGGCACACUAUGUGAAAAGAAUUAGAUUUUUUAGCUUGUACUUUUCUGAACGUUAUAUUAAAAGGAAGUUUUUUAUGUGGGAAAGUGUUAAAAUUCAAACUGUGUUUUCAAGUGUGAACGGUUAAUACUAUAAAAGCCGAAUGUAAUGUAAGUUACUUGAAUUUCUUGAUCCAUAAUCAUAAUAUCCAAAAUGACUGAUGUAUGUGUCAAAGCAUUGGGGGUUGUCUUAGAGUAGAAAUAUAAGGUAAAGUGUAGUACAUAUUUUUUACAUGAAACGAGACCUCUUCCGAUGUUGCCAAGGAAGUGAGCGUUGCUGCGUGUUUGUAAGAGCUUACCUGGCCUAACCUAACAUGUUGUUGUUACUCUCUCCAUGUGUUGUUGAUAUCACUUCUAGAGAUAGCUAUUUUUUUAACUAACUUCUACUUGACAGUCGAACCGUCUUUUGUAUAUUUUCUGACAGUUUGUACACGUCAACGUCAGUAAUCACUUAAGGGCUUGAUGUAUUAGUGAAGCGUUAAAAAUCAUUUUUGUACACGCUUGUACAAUGUUGCGAUUUUGAAUACUGUAGUCUUCUGGUCUUGAAUAAAUGGCUCAAACUUUGAAUAGGUUUUCCGAGUGCUAAAGACACAGCUGGUUGUCUGAAUGGCGAUAUAGUCGGUUAUCAUUUUUGCUUGUUUUUGUUGGAUAUUCGUGGUAAAUUAGGAGAAAGGAGACGUAGGGAAUGUGCACCAAAGCUGUUUUAAUAUUGUUUAAACGUUUAGUGACGUACUUUUAGUGCAUUCCAAUAUAAUCAGUUGCAGUGCACAAAGCUAGUUAAUAGUAGCUGUACACUGUUUAACUUUACUUUCAGGUAAAAGAGCCACUGUAGACCGUUUUAUCAUGAUAUGUUUAAUGUUUAUUGUUAUAUUUUUUUUGGGAUGGACCUUGUAAAGAUGUAUCUUCAAUUGUACCUCCCGUCAUUGUUAUUUUCCUGGUGAGUAAGCUAGCUCCUAAUUGUAUAUUUAUUCCAUGAGACUAAUGAAAGGGAUGAUUAUUUAUUGUUGUUGUUAUCUACUGUAAAUAUUGUACUGCAUUUAACACGAUGCACAUGAUGAAUUGUAUUUAUGUGUUAUUGGCAUUUUUUAUCAGCUACAACUGUUUUAUAUUAAGUGAGAUCUCUAUAAUGUCCAAAGCUAACUUAUGUCUAAGCUGCAGUGUUGUAUAGAUUAAGAGUAGUUUAGGGGUUCAACUGUCAUCAAGGCUAAGCGAGAGGAGUGGAUUACUGUUAUUGAUUUGCCAGUCCCCAAAGUCUUAAACAUUUUUUUAAGCAUUUUGUUUCUACAAUUGCUCAUUGGUGAGCUUGAAUUAAUGAUUUUUAUGUUAAAAGUUUAUCUAAAGUGAAUGUUUUCUUACCAUUAAUUUUCUGCUGGAACAAGCUCUUUUAACUCUUUCUACUCUACUGUUAAACGGGUCAUGUUUCUGCUAGAAAGGUGCUUGAAUGUAACAUUCUGCUGUUGACCUUGUGUUUGUCAAGGACAAGCUUUUUAAAUUUUUUUAUUACUAAAUCAAUUAUUAAUUUCUGAAUGAUAUUGCUUCUACUGUUAUGUUUCUCAAUAGGAUUCAAAAGUGUCUGAUUUAAAGAAAAAAACAAGAAGUCUUGGUCAUCAUUGCACGUUUUUUAAGUGGGCAAUUUUUUUAAAUUUCAGGUAUCAUUUAUCAUUAUGUACACACAGUAUGUUUUUGUUAUUUUUUUACAAACACUAAUGGUUUAUUUUACCUGUGUGAAGUCUUACACUUAAAAGAAGUAGUUUACAUUUUAAAUAAUAUUAUGAAGAAACGAUUAGAUUCUCUGUAAUUUUUCACUUCAAAACAUAAAGUGUAACUUGUAAUUUUAUAAUCGAAUUUACAUUAUAAAUCCAUUGCACUUUAAAAAUACUAAUCUUUUGGGUAUUUUGUAUAAAAAUAUACUGAGUUAGCUAAAGUCUCAAAAAGUUAUUAAAUAUGAAUUUCAUGAUUCUUGCACCUGGCUCAAAUUCUUUAAUAAUAUAGAUCCAGUGUGUGUUUUUGGGUAAAUUUAAAUUCAAUUAGUAGUAAGUAACAACUAUGGUGAUACUUGUAUGAAGGGUGAAACAUUUAAAAUAUAAUUGAUCAAGGGCCAGGGGACCAGUUAGGCACAUGAAUAUCAGUAGUCCUCACCCGAUGAGCUAGCGCAAGCUGUAUAUUGGUGUACAUAUUUCGAUGAGGAUUGUGAAGUUCCAGUAGUGAAGUGUUGGCUCAGGCUGCAGUGUUCUAUAGUUCCUGUUGUCUUUGUAUAUAGAAUGUUGUAUUUACUGUGUACGGCCAUGUCACUGGCUACGCUUAGUUUUUUGCUCCUCUGGAUGCUGCUCACUUUUUAUUGAUUCGUAUUCGGGAAGAUCAUGUUACCUUCGGUAAACUCAGUUUCCUCAUUAUUUCUUGUUUUAUUUGUGAAAAAAUAAUGUAAAAUAAGCUUUUGAAUAUAAAAAUAUAUCUGCUUGUACCAUGUAUUCGGCAAUAGCAGCGAAAGGUAUUAAACUUUUAUACAGUUUGAAUCGUAAUAAACAUGUAACUAAGGGAAAAUAUUACGUAUGUAAUCUUGUUUAUUUCUAUACUAUGACAUAUUCUCACAUUUAGUUUUCUCUGCUAGUUCUUUUAAGUAAUAUCUUUAAGGUCAUAAUUUCUCCAAUGGUUUGAACCACUAAAAAAUUUAAGUAGUAACAGAAAGUAAAUUAGGAAAUAUACUUGGUUUUAAAAUUUGACUUGAGAUCUUUUUAUGUUGUAAAAAGCCACUCUACAAGUUUAAAUAUAUUGCUUCUUUUGUUAACUUAUUAUACAAGGGAAUGGAAACUGCCGUAAUAUUAUAUUAACAAAUUAGUUCUAUAGGUUCAUAUAUAGUUUAAAUUCUGUUACCUCCCGGUAUAGAAUGAUAUUUUUUAUAAAAAUAUUUGUAUCGUUUAUUGCAGCAUUCUUUUGUCUAUAAAGCGUAAUUGUGUUAGAGUGUACGGAGGAUGCGUGUUUAUAUGGGAAAUUGUUUGACUCAAAGUAUUUAUUACACUUGGGUUAGAAACCCCCUAACAUGUUUCGAAAGUCCUUGCAUUCAUCAUGUAUCAAUAAAAUAUUAUAUACUCAAAAGUA